CUCCACCCAGACCCAAGAAAACAACAACUCGCACGCACUCACCGAACCGGCAAGGCAGAGCAAACCAUCGUGGAGAGGCAGGAGCGAGCGAACUGCAUCGUUCAAUCAUGGCGAGGCAGCAGCUGAAGGGGCGGUCGAGGUUGGCGGCGGCGGCGGACGCGGCGUCAUGGUGCUUCGCGCUGUCGCUCGUGGCGCUGCUGCUGGUGUGCUCGCUCGGCGCCGGCGGGACGGAGCAGCAGCCGCGGGGCGGGGUGGUGGUGCGUGGCGCGGCGCUGUCGGCGCGGCCGUGCGACGAGAUAUACGUGGUGGUGGAGGGCGAGACGCUGCACAGCAUCAGCGACAAGUGCGGCGACCCCUACAUCCUGGAGCAGAACCCUCACGUCCACGACCCCGACGACGUCUUCCCCGGCCUGGUCAUCAAGAUCACGCCAUCCAAGCCCAGGUAGACUGAUCCAUCGAUCAUCGAUCGUUGUGUGAUCAGUACAAACACACACGAGUGUUCUGUUCCAGCAAAUCAAACAGGCUCUCGGCGGCGCAUGUCUCGCCUGCGUCGUCGUGAAUCAUCAUCAGCCACUGUAUCUCUGCAACGCAGAGGAGUAAGAACAGAGUGUAGCUACUCUGAAGCGUGGUUAACCCGAAUGGCUUGUACGGGACAUCACUUGCGAAUAGACAAGUUCGUGGGAUGG